AUGGCCAUCUUUCGCUAUGGCAACGAGAUCAUCUUGUGGUCGCCUAUUCCUUAUGGCGAGUACAUUGAAGAGGCAAUUGACUUGUUGGCAAGGAAGAAAGAGAAUCUCGAGGUUACUCACCUUUUCGUCGUGAACAAGGAGCAUAACUUGGUAGCUAAAAGUUAUUUAGAAACGUACCCCAACAUCAAGAUUGUAGCUGGAGAGAAGGCGCUCGGGAAAGAGCAAGUCCACUACGAGUUUUCAGAUGUUGAUGGAAACAAAGUUAUUAAGGGAGAGGAGGCCAAAGCCAAGUUCAAUGCGCAGGGGGACUUCUGGGCCAACUUUGAGUUCAUCUACUUGACCGGCCAUUUAAAUAAAGAACUUGUGCUUUAUGAAAAAAAUCUCCACAUGCUAUUUGAAGGUGAUCUUCUCAUGGAUGUGGGGCGUCCAGAUACCGAGGGCACGUUUGAGUGCUAUUCCCCAUCAACAGGAUACCCACACCAGUACAACCCAUUCACAGGCAUAUCGGCUUUAUUCAGUCAAUUGAAAGCAGGAGGCUGGCUCGGGUGGUUUGGACACGUUCUUUUUGGCAGAACCUACACUGCCAAAGGAGCUGAAGGAGUGAAACUUGUAUAUGAAUCGUGGGAUUUCGACACUAUAGUUCAGUGCCAUGGGAAUAUCAUCAGUGGCACUGGAAAGGCAGUCUACGCUGAAAUAUAUCCAUGGUUGAAGAAAGACCAGUGA